AUGGCAGCUGUCAGCUGUGUGGACUUUCUCAAUUUCAACUUCACAAAAAUUUGUGCGGUAGGAACACACACACAAACAAUAUGUCUCACAGAAAGUUUGAACGUGAAUCCCCGUCUUGGUCACUUGGGUUUUUUGCCGAAGAAGCGAUCCCAGCGCUCCAGAGGUAAAGUGAAGUCCUUUCCGAAGGAUGAUGCGUCAAAGCCGCCGCACUUUACUGCCUUUAUGGGUUUCAAAGCCGGCAUGACGCACAUCGUCAGAGAUGUGGACAAGCCUGGUUCCAAGUUGCACAAGAAGGAAACGUGCGAAGCGGUGACUAUUGUUGAGUGCCCGCAAAUGAUUGUCGUCGGUCUCGUUGGCUACAGAAGAACGCCGCAAGGCUUGAGAGGUGUCAAGACGGUGUGGGCGGAGCACUUGUCCGACGAGAUCAAGCGUCGAUUCUACAAGAACUGGUUCAAGUCCAAGAAGAAGGCGUUCCAAAAGUACGCGAAGAAGUACUCGAACGGCUCCAUCGAACAAGAUUUGGAAGCGUUGAAAAAGUCAUGCGACGUCGUCAGAGUUAUCGCGCACACGCAAGUUAGAAAAGUGAAGAACUUGAAGCAAAAGAAGGCGCACAUGAUGGAAAUUCAAAUCAACGGUGGCUCCGUCGCGGACAAGGUUGACUUUGGUUUCAAGUUUUUUGAGAAGGCCGUGCCAGUUGAUGCCGUCUUCCAACAAGACGAAAUGAUUGACGUCAUCGCCGUCACCAAGGGUAAAGGUUUCGAAGGUGUCAUCACCCGUUGGGGCGUCACUCGUUUGCCGCGUAAGACUCACAGAGGUUUGCGUAAGGUUGCGUGCAUCGGUUCUUGGCACCCGGCGAGAGUCGCGUACUCUGUCGCCCGUCCAGGUCAACACGGUUAUCACCACAGAACGGAAAUCAACAAGAAGAUUUACAAGAUUGGUAAAGCGGACGAAGCUUCGUUCGGCGCGAACACUGACCACGACCCGACUGAGAAGGAAAUCACCCCGAUGGGUGGCUUUGGUCACUACGGUAUCGUCAAGAACGAUUACGUUAUGAUCAAGGGUGCGGUCAUUGGCCCGAGAAAAAGACUCAUUACGUUGAGGCAGUCCUUGUUCAAGCAAACUAGACGUGUUGCGACCGAGAAGAUCACGCUCAAAUUCAUCGAUACUUCGAGUAAGAUGGGCCACGGUAGAUUCCAGACUGCGGAGGAGAAGGCGAAGACGUACGGCACGUUGAAGGCGUAA